UCUGCAGCCACCGUCAUUACUUCUCUCUUUCCUGACGCAAUCAAACCUUCUCGCUCAAUUGAUACCUAAUAUGGAGAAUCCAGUAAUCCAGCAACUCCGGCAAGAGCUUCAAGUAGAAUGCCUCGCGCGAGAAAAAGCCGAGCAAACCCUCGACGUAAAAACCUCCGAGCUCAACACGAUACGCACAAACUGGACGACAACAGCCCGGGAACUAGACCAGCUCAGAGUCUCUACGGCACCAAAGUCCCUUAUUCUCACAGACGACCAUCUAAGGGAUAAACUCGCCCUUUUAAGAUAUCAGACCCGGAACCUGGCUAUACUGUAUUUCGAUGGGGACCUGACUCAAGCUGCUAAAGCAAAUCCGACGAGCUUACUAGAUCCGUAUCUCAAACCCACAACUCCCGGGACGAACACUUAUGAGAUUCUUCUCAAUUCCUCUAAUGCUGCGCAGAAGGUCGUACGGGCAUACAUAUGGCGCGUUCUAGUUGGCGAGGUUUUCGGCCAAUUUUUAUGGGCUGGAGAUAUCGGUCAACACAUGGCAGUUAUUGGAAGUCUUUUACGACCUAGCGGGGACCCUCCCGAUCCAGUAGCAGAGCGCAAAUUCGCGCUCUGGUCGAAUGACACAACGCAGAUUCUUCUAGACGCUCUCGGUCUCAGGAUAGAAGCAGAGGGACACGAUGUCCGAUACGCGACUCCUCGAGUCAAGACCCUCGUGUCGCUCAUACUUGAAACGAUAUCUCCCUUCCUCCGGGAAAAGGAAGGGCAGUUGCAAACUACACUGCUGGAGAUAGUAGACGCAGCCAUAAAACUAGACAAAGAGAUGUGUCAACAGAUCACCAGGUUGACAUGGGUAUUUGGAGAUAUGGAAGCAGGAACCGUUGUCCUCGCGCCUGGGUUGAAGAGGAGGGGAAGGUCGGACGGGAAGGAGUUUGAGACAGAGAAAGUGGUAUUGAUUAAAGAGAUUAGUCUUGAGCCUGGGUUGAAAAUGGGGAAAGUUGGCUAGUAUUCCUUAACUAGAUUUGUGUUGAGAUCUGAUGCGUGUUAGUCCCGGUGGUUGUUCCACCUCCAAAGAUUCCUGGUUCAGAGGCUUGGGCAUACAUUCCUAAGCCACAUAAUCCGCCUCCUGAUCCCGGACCUUCAAAACCUUCACUUGCUCCUCCAAAAGUUGGUCCGCAGGUCCGCUUCGUCAAUUCAUUAUCUGCAUCUCGGGGCGCGCCAGCAAGUCAUCCCUCCCAUCGAUCUCGCACCAGAAAAUCAGAACCUUCCGAUGCCGCUUCAUCCAGUAAAACGCAGGCUCCAGAUCUCGACCCCGAAUCUCCGCCCUUGCUUUCCUUCGAGCCAGUUUCCCUGAUCAAUCCAAUCAUCCGACACCGCCUGAAGACUCAAGGACGAGAGCCUAAGUU